AUGAAGGAGAAGCGUAAGUCGUCCACCGGCGAUGCCGCGACCCCCAAGUCCGGCGGCGCAAAGACCCCGAACAAGAAAGUAAAGGCCGCCGCCGACGCCGAGGAUGAUUCAGCGGACGUUCCGCUGAACGACACGGAGAUCGCGUAUCUUGCGUGGAUGAAGAAGAAAGGGGUGAAGCUGAACGGAGUCUCCAUUGGACGGUUCCCCCACACCGGCAGAGGAUGCGUCGCCACGCGUGACAUCAAGGAGGGCGACGUCCUCGUCGAGGUCCCGGAAGCGGCAAUCAUAACCGCCGACGGCUCCGUCGCGGGAUCGGCGCUCGUCGCCUUCGGCCUCGGCGGCGAGGCGCUGCUCCACGAGUACUCCCCGCGGCUCGAGCGCGAGGCGCUGGUGCUCGCGGUCAUGGCGGAGAUGUCCCGGGGCGAAGAAUCCGAAUUCGCGCCGUACCUCGCCGCGCUGCCCACGCUCCGCGCGACGCACUCCCCGCUCGGUUGGAGCGGCGCCGAGCUCUCCGAGCUCGAGGGAACCUCCGCGCUCAACCGCAUGACGUCCGCGGAGGACGAGUCGCUCGAGCUCCCGAGCAUGACAGCGGAUCACUGGAAGCACGUCGCGAGACCGUUCCUGCAGCGGAACCCCGAGUUCGCCCGCAUGCCCGGCGCCGGCGCCGACGACGACGAUCACGACGACGAAGAUGACGACGCCGCCGAGGAGAACGCGAGGAGGAUGUACCUCCACGCCACCGCCCUCGUCGCGGGGUUCUCGUUCACGCUCGGCGAGGAUGACGAUUCGGUCGAAGACGCCGACGCCGCCGCCGCCGCCGACGACGAUUCGGAUUCCCAGGUGAGCACCGGCGGCGACACCGUCCAGGCCAUGGUGCCCUUCUGGGACAUGCUCAACCACGUCGAGCCGGAAUCUUCGUCGGUUCGCCUCGACCACGACGAGGAUGCCAACACGCUGCGAAUGAUCGCGAUCCGCCCCCACGCCAAGGGCGAGGAGGUGUUCAACACCUACGGCGCCGCCGGGGACGCCGAGCUGCUGAGGCGGUACGGCUUCGUCAUGCGUCGGAAUCCCCACGGCGGCGGUGUCGAGGUGUCCACCGCGGAGUGCCUCGCCGCGGCGGAGUUUGCGAGGUUCGAAUCGGACAUGCACGAGGACGACGACUCAGAGUCGGAUUACUCCGACGAGGACGACGAGGACGACGACUCCGAGGAUCGCUUCGACGGUAAGAUGCCGCCGAUCAGCGACAGCGAUGAUGAUGAUGAUGAUGAUGAUGAUGAGGAGGAGGAGGAGGUCGACUCUGAGGAAGACGAAGAGGACGGGGAAGAGGAGGACGCGGAAGGAGACUCCGACGAUGAAGAUCUCAUGGCAAUGGAUUUCCGACCCGGCCAGAUCGCGCGGGAGGAGACCCUCGAGCGCCUCCGCAUGCUCCGACGUUGGGGCAUCCUCCGCAACAGCAAGCAGACGUUCGAGGUCUCGCGCACGGGUAAGCCCUCGCUGGCGCUCAGAUACGUCGCCAGGGUUCUCUCCAUGAACCGUUUCCAGUUCCGUCGGCUGCUGGCCGCGGAUGCGUACGAACGGGGCGAGAGGGACGACCAGGAGGGAGCGUACUCUGACGAGGAGGACGAGGACGACGACGGGUUUGGGGAUUACAAGCCUCUCACCGUGGAGCAGGUGUGGAACGGCGACACGGUCCUGACAGACGAAGGCGACGACGACGUGAGCGAGGACGAGGACGAGGAGCUCCAGGAAAGGGAGGAUCAGAUGGGCCGCGUCUCCGUCACCCUCAUCGCUCUCGCCGAGAGGGCUCUCACCGGCGGGCGAUAUCCCACCGACUCCCUCCGCGCGGACAUGAUCAAGCUCAAGCGCCUCGGCGCCGAGGCUCCCGGCGAGCGUGAGCACGCGGGACUCGGCGGCUGGCGCGGCGCGGUGGGCGCGAAGGAGGACUCCAGGCGCGUCGGUGACAUCUUGUUCCCCCCCAGCUGGAGGGACGAGGAGCGCAGGGCCAUGCACAGGCAGCGCAUGGCGCUCGUUGUCCGCAUCCGAGAGAAGCGAGCGCUGGUCGCCCUGAAGCGGUGGGCGGCGAAUCCGUGCAGGACGGAGGACGACAUCCUGCCCCCGCUCCUUCGUGCGGAUGCCGAGGAGGAUGUCGACGCGACGCUGUGCCGGGUGAUCCCGAAGGACGACUAA